CCGUCGGCGGUACCUUUUCGCUCUGCUCGUGCUACUGUUUGCCUGCUGUUAGUUGUGCUCUCCGCUUUCAGUGUUCUUGUGUUUUGCGUUUGCCCGCGUUUACCCUACCUUUCCCACCGCCAAGCACACGCGUAAGGUGUCCUGCUGGCCAUAUUGUUCCAGGCGCGUCCCGUACCGCGUGAAAGUGUAAAAUUCCGGUGUUUAAAAUUCCGUGCGUGCACGGUGUGAUUCGGUGCAGUGAAAGGUGUUGAACCUUUGGGUCCCCCGGCAACGGGGAGAAAAGGUCGUGUGUGUCCGCUCACGUGUGGUGUGCGCCUGCCUGUCACGUCACAGCACGGGGAGUUUAGUGUGUUUGUUUGUGUCCCGCUUUUCUUUACGUCCACGUCCCGCAUCAUUCCCGGCCCAGCGCGAUCGAGCGUCACGACCGUGGUUGAAGGUGAAAUCUUGGUACGCGCAUACAGGACACGUAUAGAAGCACAAAUACAAAACGCUGUCAAAGUACGGUUGAAAAUUUUUCCACGGCAUCCCAUCGCUUAUUUGUCGCUGGAGAAAAUCAGCUCAUUGCAAAAACUACUCACCAAGCAUUCCUUUGCAAAAACAAAAAAAAAUAGUACGAUUCCGGAACCAUGCGCUUGCCGUCAAGUAGCGUGGAGAUAGUGCUUUAGUGUUCGUGUAGCGUUGUAUGCAGGAGAGCAAAUUACACUGAGCGUGUGUUUGUGUAUCGGUGUAGUAGCAUCCCUCGUACGCACCGUGCUGGAAAACACUCUCACUUCUCAGCACUACUACACUUGCAAACAAAAAAGUGUGUAUUUUCGAUUGGCAUUUUCCUCGCUGGUCAAAUCAUCUGUGCUGCCUAGACUAUAACCACUACCAGCAACGGGCCGUGUUGUAAGCCGUGUUUACGAUAAAACGUCGCGGAAACUCCAUAAACAGCUUUUCCUGCAAAGAGUAAGAACGAAGGGGACGAAAUUUACAUGGGAAAAACAUUUACUUGAGAGAACGUAAAACCGUCCAAAAAACCGAGCACAAAUUUGUUAGUGGGAAAAAGGACACAAAAAGAAAAACAUUACGCGUAUUAAAAGGAAAAGUGCCGAAAUUCAUUCUUUUCAUUAGAAAAAAAAGAAAACACCAGUGUUGCGCGCCCAGCAACGAGCCCUUGCUUUCCGGCACCGUAGAUUUAGAGCGACCAGUUUUUCAUUAUAUAAGAUAAAAUAUAUUAAAAAAUUAUUGUUGCUUCCAACACUAAAUUUCUGCUGUCAAUCGCUGGACCCGUUGUUAAUAAAAAAACAACAAACAGCAGGUACGUUGAUGGACAAUUCCUACGCUGGAAAAUUAGCUCACUGUCCUUGGUGGAGUAAUGCUUUCCCUCUAGUCAAAGCCUACCCAAUUAAAACCGUUAGAUGUGUUGCCGUGUCUAGCCUGUAUGUUUGCGUGUAUGUGUGUACGGUGUAUGGUGAUAGCUUUUCGCGGGAAAAUUCCUCUACCACAGCUAGUUGAAUGUAAUUAAUGCGGCAUUGGUGCUUACUGUGGAGCGUUGAAAUCAAGAGAACGAAGUAAAAGACGUUCCAUCGAUCAUCACGGUGAGAACACACGCCUCCUCACGGCAGUGCUGGUUUUGGGUGCAUUAUCUAAAAAGGUCACAUGCAAAUGGUUUGUUGCUGCGUGUUUAGAGAGACUUCCUUGAAUCUUUGGCAGUACCAAGACGUACGCUAGUGUCCAUCAGUCCGUGUCCUGUCACGUGUAUGUGCGUGUGUGUGCAUUUAGAGAAAAAGCAUCGCCGUCCCAUCCCUCGCCCUUGAACUCUGCUUGCCAAAUCCAAGGUUGCAGCUUUUCCGCAUUCAACGUCCUUUCUCUACCUUUUUUCUGUUACCCACUCAAAAAAAAUCACAAAAAAGGGAAAACACACACACUCAGAGACACCCACACACCUCAACACACACUCUCUCUAUUCCACACAUCCACAAAUAAAGAAAAACUACACAGAAACGCACUCACUGUUGUUCACCUGCUAGAUGUCCUCCUGUGCGCGCUCGUCGUAAAGCUGCUGUGCCGCCGCUGAGUCCAAGAAAGCUCCCAAAAAGAAAUUUUCCUCAAAACAGUUCCAGCUUGCUUUAACCGCUUCAUAUAUGCGCCCAAGCCGCCGCCUCUAGUCAGCUUCCAAGUAAGCCUCCAAGAGUGUGAGAGAGUAUCAAUCAUCUUCAUCUCCUUUGCGUAAGGUGGAAACAAACAGCUCUCGUGUCUCUGUGCGUCUGUGUGUGUGUGUACGGGAAGGAAAAGCCCACAACCGGAAGUGUUUGAUGUUGCCAAGUGUUGUUCGAGCGCAAAGUUGUAAUUCGGUGCCGUUUGGUUUGGCCGUUAAUGAAGCAAGAUCAGUUGUGAGUGGGUGAAAUUGAGCGAUUGUGUCGUACAAUACAGUAUCCCUUAGAAGGUGUGGCCCUUAGAGAAAGUGUCAAGCGUGUUCACAGGUGAUUUAUGCGAGUGCGUGCGUGUGUAUGCAAAG